AUGAAGCAGCCCGACGACUCUGGCCCAACUGCGAAUACGAAUGCAACUGGACCACAAUCGGCUCGACCUCGGGCUUCUGUCUCUGUUUCUGCCUCUGCCUCCCAUACUCCUCGACGGCUUCCUGUCAAUCCCCGCCGGCACAAGGUUGCUCCCGAGCAUCGCAAGCGUGUCGCUACAGCCUCGCGUCUUUAUCUAACACACGUCUCGCUGAAAAGGUGCAAUGCUUGCAAUGUGAGAAGAGUCAGAUGCUCUGGCGAGCACCCGUGUCGCCAAUGCCAAUCCUCUUCACGCGACUGCAUAUAUCCUCUGCCUGUUGAGAAGGUGAGCAUCACGCGCUCAGAGCUCGAGGAUUUGAAACACAAGGUCGAUCUCUAUGAACGCGUUCUUCGAGACACUGUCCCAGCAGCUGUAUCAAACGCCGUCCCGGAUUCCGCAAGCCGCCAAGAACUUUCAGAUUUGCUUGGUUGGACCGCUUCUAACCAUGACAUUGGAUCAUCGGCCGUUAGUCUAGCGGCACAGACAACGCCAACGAUAGAUGCGGCAGCGCAUAUCGGGCGAGUGCCGCCUGAGCUUCCUCAGCUUCAAUAUCCCAGUAUACAUAGACAAUUCCAGCAACAACCGCCUCAUCUCCAUCUUCAAGCUCAGCUAUCAGAUACUCGAAUACAGGAACCCAGUUAUGGACUAUCACGAACACAUUCUAUCCAGCUAUCACAUCCUGGGGCGACGCCUCAAAAUCGGCAGGAUGAUGAAGAGAACUUGGUCUCAACCGAAGGUCGUCUGUUACAUGACCCUGACGGCUAUGCUCGUUUCCUGGGUGAGACGAGUGGCGCAACUUUCCUCGACUACUUGAAGGAAUUCAUGACUACAGUUCUGCCUCUUGCAUAUCAAAGUCUGCGCCCAGGCUCGGAUGGAAGUGCAUUCUUGUCAAGUCUUGGUCGUUACCAGACCUACGACUCGCGACCUUUGCAUGAUCGAGAUGUUGACCCGACAUGGUUUCCUACACCCCCAGAGAUGGACUCAAUGCUAUCCGAGCUUCGUUAUUUCAUCCAAGACGGUAACUGCCAUUGGCCAAGUGGAGGAAUCUACUGGUGGGGGGAUCUCUCUUCAGCACCGACAAUCCCCUCCAUGGAACGAGACUCGGCAAACUUGCGUCUCGCCAAGUGCCGUCAUUUGGCUUUCUAUCAGACAGCAUUUGCUGUGGUAUCUCAAGCUAUGAUUAUGCCGCCUCAGGAUAUCUCUAUAGACCCUCAUCUCAGUGAGAACUACUUCAGCCGGGCCCGUAUGCUCCUAGGGAACCCGCUUGACAUUACACGCUUUACGCCCAACGAAGUAUCGGUGUUGACAUUGAUGGGGUUUUACCUGAUAGAGAUGAAUCGCCGUGAUGCCGCAUAUAUCUGCGUGAGCAACGCUAUGCAUAUCAGCAUCAUGCACGGCGCACAUAGGGGCUGGCUUGACGAGAGUGGCAAACGCGUAUUCUGGACACUUUAUGUAUUGGAUCGCUAUUUAAGCUGCCUCAUGGGGAGACCCCCGACCAUCAUGGACGACGCAAUUCGGUUACCGCUUCCUUGCGAUGCUCCGUCUAUGCCUCCAGCAGAUGGUCUCAAAGCUCAUGUCCAGCUUUCGCGGAUAUCAUGCCAUAUCGUGUGUAAUACAUAUCGCAUUUCCCCCUCAGAAGACGCCGCAAGACCUGUGAGAAGCCUCGAAGGGGAGAUCAGUAUGCUCGACGAGUGGUGUCUAAAACUCCCACCUACGGUGCAACUCGCAAGCAACGGGUUGAGCGAUGACCCAGCCACUUGCUUGCUGCACAUGCACUACAACCAGUUAAUAAUCUUGACUAUCCGCCCCGUUUUCUUCGCCUUGGUCAAGAAAUCAUUCGCGGAAAAGCUGGUCUCGCGGCAAUGUUCCUUGAGUUCACAUCCACAACUCCCUCUACUGAAGCGAUGCAUAGCAUCAGCAGAACACAAUAUUCAGCUCGCUCGACAGAUCCUACUUGUCAACCAUCCUCGAAAGCUGCUCCAAGCCGGCCUUCACUUCAUUUUCAACGCUGCCAUAGUAUUGAUGUUACAGCAGCUGGUAGAGGAUCUGUGCCCGUCUUCUCGGAGUGAAAAGGCUCGGUCACUUGACCUCGACUUUGUGAUUGGGAGGUUCGAGGAUGAGAGUCGAGUUGGUAGCAACUACGGUCGGGACUGUGCCACGGUACUUCGGGACCUUCGCGUUCUUGUGCAGCGUCUUCCUAUCCCUGUUGACAUGAGCACUGCAACACGUUCCGUCAACAUGACACAGACUACGACAACCUACGAUCCGAUCGCAAAUCGAACACAUGUUGACAUGGGACAGCAAUGUCAUGUGAUGAAGCAUGUGGUAUUCUCGCAAUCUUCCUUCCUCCCUUGGGUUCUCAUGCGCAUUUCUGGAAGUGUAGAUGACACUGACGCGGAUCCUCUUGCCACAGCCUGGAGGGAACUUGCUGAGGAAACAACUCUUACGCAUGACUCUUUACGCCUUUUUCGGAAGGGCAAACCAUUCUCGUUCGCUGAUGAGUCUAUUGGGAGAGAGUGGACUGUCAACCCUUUCGGUUUCGUUCUCAAAUCCGAGAGCGACGGUGGCCGCGGUGAGGCUGGCAUCAAAAUUGACUGGGAGCAUGAGGGGUACGAAUGGUUCGAUCCAGACGCAAUCAACGACUCAGAUGACUUCGAGGGCGUUCCGCGCAUCCUAGAGAGUCUUAGAAGGGUGUGGUUCAACGUUGACUUGGGCGAAGUGGCAGGCAACACGCUUAGCCGGGGCUUGGUCGCUCUGCAGGAAGAUCACGAAAGCGGAGCGCGCCAGCUAGCUACCAAGGCUCUCGAUACCUAUAUCGAUGUUAUUAAGAAACUCGAUUCCACUGAUCAAGUUCAGUGGUGGAACAAUAUCAGGUUUGCGGGAUGGCACCUGUGGAAGAACGGGCGAGAAAGUAUGGGCGCGUCUAUCUUGAACGUUGUUCUAUCGGCUUUGGACAUAGUUCAAGACGGAAUCCCACCCAGCGGUCCACUAGAUAAGAGCUCGAUCGAUAAUAUCGUCAGAGCCUUGGGGGAUUACGCCCGCGACCGACAGAAUACCACUUCAAGAACUGGCGCGAUGUUCCAGGCUUUCAUAGAGCAGCAUCUAUCGGGGGGCGGACCACUCAAGAUCCUUACCCUCUCCUCUAGUUCAACUAUCACCUCGGCCAUCACUCACGUUAUGGGAAAUACUUCGCGACCUGUGGAGGUUCAUGUGCUCGAAUCCCGACCACUCUUCGAAGGUGUCAAGAUGGCACAGUCAAUUGCUUCAUGCGCCAACAAUUCCAAGGCCAAGACCCGCUUGAUAAUCCACACUGAUGCAAGUGUUGGCAUCGCAGCGAAGGACAUAGAUAUUGUGCUCAUCGGAGCGGAUCUGAUCGACAAAACAGCCGCGGUUAGCAACAAAGUCGGUUCUCUGCCUGUUGUUCUGACAGCCAAGUACAUGUCUCCAAAAGCCAAGAUUGUCAUUUUGUCAGAGAAAGAGAAGGUACUCCCUUUUGCACCGCCAGGUCAGGAGGAAAACGAUUCAUGCGAGGUUAUGCAAGCUUGGGGAGACCUCAGCUCAGCUGUGAGGGCGGUUCCCCACUCUCUGGUCACUGUCAAAAACGUGUAUUUCGAGUGGGUGUCACCCGAUUUGAUCGAUCACUACAUCACUGAGGACGGCGUCACCGGUCGUGCGGGAAUGUCGAACUAUGCCCAGGAAGUUGAGAAGAAGGCUGACCAAUAUUUUACCAAUCUCUGA